AUGAGCUUGAAAUAUCGUCAAGACGUUUCCUUUAGAUUAGCCAACUUUUUUCUGUAUGUUGUCGGCUUCUGGUUCGCCGCUAAUCGUAUAGAGGAAUGGUUCAGAAACGCUGCGAUUCUGUAUACCAUUGUCACGGUCUUCUUUGUCAUGUGGCUUCAGCUGAGAGGGCUUUAUUUCUCCUGGGGAAACUUUGAAGUUUGCAUGUACAUGGCAUGCAACAGUAUAGCCCUGGUUUUGGAUAUAAUCAAGAUUUUCGUCCUAGUCGUACGGAAGAAAAAGUUUCUCGGUCUGAUUGAGUACAUGCAGAAGAAUUUCUUUCAUUUGAACUACGAUCAGGACGAGAAUUCUAUUAUCGCACACGCGAAACGAACGUGCAUCUACUUCGUCUGCGUCUUUUCAUUUUGUUCUCAAUCUACAGUUUUUUCCUAUAUAAUAAGGCCAUUUGUAUCAAAUCUUGGAAAGAAUGAAUCUGAUAGAGAACAUAUAUACGAUAUGUGGCUCGAUCUACCAUUAUCCGUAACACCAUAUUAUGAAAUUACUUACAUAAUACAGGCUUUAUCUGUGUACCAAGUUGGAGUGUGUUACCUUUGCUUUGAUAACAUUUUUUUCAUUAUGUGUCUACACGUGGCUGGUCAGUUUCGUAUACUACAAUACAGAAUUGCCAAUGUGUCAGGUCUAAGCGAGAUAGUGAAGAGCAAUGAUAAUACAAGCACGGCUGAAUUAUACUCAGAGAAAUGUUACAUCAAGUUUAAGAAUUGCAUUCAACAACAUCAGGCACUAAUUGAAUUUUGUGAAAUACUCGAAGAGGUAUUCACGGUAAUCGUACUCGGACAAGUACUAAUGUUUAGCAUAAUAAUUUGCUUCGCCGGGUAUGAAGUACUCCUGAUAACGUUACCAUUUGAAUCGCGCGUUGCUUUCACGUGCUUCUUGAUUACGGGCGUGAGUCAACUAUGGAUGUUCACGUACAGUUGCAAUUGCAUAACAACAGAAAGCCUGAACAUCGCUGAAUCUGUGUACGCUGGACCAUGGAUAAAUUUACCAAUGGAUAAAUUUGGAAAACUGCUAAGAAAGGAUUUACAAGUGCUCAUCUUGAGGGCGAGACGACCUUCCGCUUUGACUGCCUGUGGAUUCUUUUCUAUAACUCUCGAAACCUUUACUAAGAUCAUGAGUACAUCAAUGUCGUAUUUCACCCUACUAAAACAAAGUGCCGAGGACACAGUAAUAAAAAAUUUAGGCCAUAUCAAGCCAGAAGUGUUGCUUUCUGUAUAUAACCUAUGUUUAAGAACGAAUGUUAUACCCACAACGUGGAAAACAGCGAAUUUAAUGAUAAUACCUAAAACACUAGACGGGGAUAAGCAACAGCUGAGCGCUUAUAGGCCUAUCGCGCUUUUGCCGGUUACAAGCAAAAUCUUUGAGAGAAUUUUGGAUGACAGAAUUCAGGUUAGUUGCAUUGAACAAAAUUUAACGAGCGAAGAACAGUAUGGUUUUAAAAAAGGUUUUGGCAUAGAGGAUGUUUUUUUUAAAUUUAAGGAGGAAAUAGCUGUCACAAAUAAAAAGAAACGAAAAAUAGUAAUCAGAACAAAACACGGAAAGAUUAGUCAUCGGGUGCAAAGAGGGUCCAUUCUUGGAUCAGCCGCCUGGAACUGGAGCUUGGAGCAAUUUCUGGGGCAAAUAUCUAAUAUCGUAGAAGCAGAUACUGUUCAGGUCUUAGCAUAUGCUGAUGACAUUCUCUUUGUCAUCAAAGGAUAUUCCAGAGUAGAGCUUGAGCGGCAUGGGAGCAUUGUCAUGACGACGCUGCAGGAUUGGUGCCACGAGAAUAAGUUGUCGGACAAAAAGAAGAAAACAGUGGCGGUUUUUGUCAGGGGUAAAUUAGACAUUAGGAGACCAUCAUCAAUUAAGAUCAACCAAAAUACGGUUAGACAUACACACGAAUACAAAUAUCUUGGCAUAACUAAAGACUCAAAAUUAAAUUUCAUAUCACAUGUAAAAAGAUUGCGCGAAAAAUUUAGCAUAAGUUAA